AUGAAUUUUUUAUUCCAACUAUUGUUCUUCUUUGGUAUUCUCAGUAAGAAAUUUCUUUUAUUAAGGGUGCAUUUCAGUGCAAUCGCUUUCAACCGCACACCACGUGAAUUCAGUGCUCAAUUGGCAAAGGUCGCGGUCGCGGCCGGGUUUUUAAGUGGGAUUGUGAUGCGAUUGCAGAAAAAUGCCGCCAUAAUUGAAACAUUGAAAAUCAAUCCUUUCAGGCUGUAUAAAAAAUGAAAAGUUCAGUGCAAAACUGAUGAAUAUUUCAAUAUCAGAUGACUGCGAGAAUUUAUCUGAAGCUGAACGAUUAUUCGGUCAGAGAGACAAUCACUAUAAGGAUCCUUCGGGGAACAUCUUCUGCUUCCGAAAACGCGAUGGGGUUGCGAGAAUGAGUUCGACGUCGGUUCUUUUCGAGGAUCCUCGUUUCGUGUGCUCCAACGGUCCGAUGUCUUGGUACCGGGGACGUAGGAACAUUGAUUUCAAGAACCGCCCGUGUCUUUUUUGGUCAAUUGUUCCCAACUCGACCUUUGAUAUUUCGGAUGGAUCGAGCUCAUCGUUCAGUAUGAAAAGAAUCUUGCCCGAUGAGUACGAGAAUUUUUGUCGGAACCCGGAUGACAAUCAUUUGGGUCCCUGGUGCUACGUGGCAGAUGGCAUUCAAGCACCGUGUUUCGAACCGUGCAAGCCAUUCACUGACACAUCUUCAAAGUUCACAUGUCUGAACAAGGAGGGGUUCCCGUACACGGCCAAUGACAUGUCGGAUAUUCUCGAUCUACCACAGCUGAUUCAAUCGUUUGAUUAUGUUCAUCUCAUGUAUGAAUCCAGAUAUGUUAUAUCUGGUGACGUGGAUAGACGAUCCACGAAAAGCUGUAUGAACACUGGGCCCAUUGCGGAUUUCUUCGGACCAUGGAUUGCAGUUUUUGAUGAGGUCGCUAAAAAACUUUUGAAAGGAGUAGGGAGACGGUACGAGAUUCUCCUACUUUCAAGGAGAUAUUGCCCAUUUCAGGGUUCUACGAGACCUGUGUGCACCGGAACCUCCAACUGAGAACGAACUUGAGCUUCUGAAAUCCGGGAGCAGUGCAAUUCGGGAUGCAAUCUUCGAAGACGAGCUGACUGUCGCCGGCUGCUCCUUCUGGAAACGGUGUUUCACCUCGUGUCAGGACGACGCCUCCAACUGUUGGGACGAGAAUACAAGUUCGGGUUACUUUGGCUCCAAAACAACGACUGUCGAGAAACGAACUUGCUUGCCAUGGGCUCAAGUUGCUUCUGAUAUUCUGAGCGUUUCGAAGAAAAACUCGACGAUGCACUCGAAAUACCACUUGUACCACUCGCUUUUGUUCGAUGAUCCGAAUGAAUUCUUUGUCGAAAGCAGACUUUUUAUGAAUACAGAGUGAGUCUGAACUGGUAAAAUUCAAGUCAAAAAGUUAUUCCAGGCAGUCGUGCAUGCUUCUGAAUCGGAGAAACUCGACAGAGCAGAAAUACUGGUUUCCCGUCAGCUCGAGUUUCAGUCGAAAAGAGUGGGACGGUGAAUUCAGCAAAAUGUUUCAGGAAGGACCAGGAUGCUUUGUGAAGCAGGUGACAGUUUCUGAAUAUUUGGGGGAGAAGUAUUAUAAUUUUCAAUUUUCAGAAUAA